GUACAAACACUACAACUACAAAAACUUAUAUAUAAUAUUAAAGUUUCUAUAUUUCUGUCAUCAUUCAUCAUCGUAUUUAGUAAAUACCAUUUAGUUCAAUAGAUUGACAAGGCAGUGAUGUUUUAGUUUUCCUUUCGUGAGUUCUGGUAUUUUGGAGCAUUUGUGAGCCUACGGUUAUUAAAAUAUUGUCUUAAAUUGAUUUUUAAUAUUUUAGAUAUGUCAACUUCUGAAACGACCAACGGGCAAGUGGCUACUACUCCAGUGGCGCCGGCCGUCGAUGCCCCACCAGAGUCGAGUGUUUCAGAAUCUCAGAAGGUAACUUCCUCCGAGAGUAAUGCUAAAAGGCUGAAAAAUCCCAAGCACAAUGCACCCAUGCGCCAAUAUUUAGACCAAACUGUAGUACCAGCAUUGUUAGUAGGCAUGAAGGAGCUAGUCAAGGAAAGACCACCUGAUCCAUUGGGUUUUCUAGCUGCAUUUUUAUUGAAGUAUAAAAAGGAACAUGUUGACAAAGACUCAAUUUCAGAAACAUAAACAGAUCUAUUUUCUUAAAAAAAAAAAAUUAUAACAAUAAUAAUUAAAUAGACAUAAAAUAUAAUAAUCACAUCUUAUUAUGCUCUUAAAUUAUUUCUUUUUGCACUUAUAUUCAAAUACUAUUCAUUUUGUGUGUAAAUAAAAAGUUGUUUGUUUACUAAGGAAAAUGUUAAUUUUUUUUCUUAUAUUGUAGAAGGCUGAUAAAGCAUUACAUUUUUUUUUAUAAAAGGGAUAUGAAAACUAAAACCACUGUUAUAACUAAAUGAUACAAAUUAUUUUUAACCCCAUUAUUACCAGUAUGUUGCCAUGGUAAUUGAAUCAUAACAAACUGUGAUAUGUAUAAAAGCAUAUUCAAAACAUAUACUCUUAAUCACAAUGG